UCGCGGUCUCAGCGAGAGUAACGGUAUUUUGGGUGUUCCUACCUAUUGCUCUUAGUAAUCCCUAGUUUUCGUGGACAGAUGGCUAACUAUCGAGCUUAUACUAAUGCGGAUACACCUUUUUAGAUUUUUUUUCAGAGAAUUUCGAACUUUGCAACCAUUAUACAAUAAAUAUUGCAUUAUCAUGACUUUCGUCAACCUUUUAUUGAGAAAUCCAAGCAAAACUCAAUUUUUCCGACUUCUCUCCAUAAACCGUUCGGUAGCGCUUAGCAGAUUUGAGAAUAAGACUUUGGAUUAUGAUAAAUUAGAGCAUACUUUGAAUACAGUAAAGAAGCGACUUGCACACCCGCUAACUUUAGCUGAAAAGGUACUUUAUUCUCAUCUUGAUGAUCCAAAAAAUGCAAUUAUUGAAAGGGGUAAAAGUUACCUCAUGCUUCGACCUGAUCGUGUUGCAAUGCAAGAUGCUACAGCUCAAAUGGCAUUAUUGCAGUUUAUUAGUAGCGGUCUUCCACGUGUUGCUGUGCCUUCAACAGUUCAUUGUGAUCAUCUUAUUGAGGCUAAAGAUGGUGCUGGGGCAGAUUUGAGUCGAGCUAAUGACACUAAUAAAGAAGUAUAUGAUUUCCUUGCAUCUGCAUCAGCUAAAUAUGGAAUUGGAUUUUGGAAACCUGGAUCAGGAAUUAUACAUCAGAUUGUAUUAGAAAACUAUGCUUUUCCUGGUGCGUUAAUCAUUGGAACUGAUAGUCAUACGCCUAAUGGCGGUGGACUUGGCGGUCUGUGUAUUGGAGUAGGCGGUGCAGAUGCAGUGGACGUAAUGGCUAACUUACCCUGGGAAUUAAAAGCACCUCUGGUAAUUGGUGUUCAUUUGACUGGAAAGUUAUCUGGUUGGACAAGUGCAAAAGAUAUUAUACUGAAGGUAGCUGAAAUUCUUACAGUUAAAGGUGGAACUGGAGCUAUUAUAGAAUAUUAUGGUCCUGGUGUUGAAUCAAUUUCCUGUACGGGUAUGGCUACAAUUUGUAAUAUGGGUGCGGAAAUUGGUGCUACAACAUCAAUUUUCCCUUUUAACGAUCGUAUGUUGGACUACUUACGUGCUACAAACAGAGCGGAUAUUGGUGAUUUAGCAUCAAAGCAUAAGGGUUCUUUGCUUACACCUGAUGCAAACUGCAAAUACGAUAAAAUAAUUGAAAUCAAUUUAGAUACCUUGGAACCACAUGUCAAUGGUCCAUUUACUCCUGAUCUGGCUCACCCGAUUUCACAAUUGUCUAGUCGUUCAGCUAAAGAAGGUUGGCCACAGCAUAUUAGCGCUGGUCUAAUCGGUUCGUGUACUAACUCCUCAUAUGAAGAUAUGUCACGUGCUGCCAGUUUAGCUAAACAAGCAUUAGACAAAGGUGUUAAAGUCAAAUCACAAUUCUAUAUAACACCUGGCAGUGAACAAAUCAGAGCAACUAUUGAACGUGAUGGGAUAACUGAAGUGUUUCAGUCUAUUGGCGGUAUAGUAUUAGCUAAUGCAUGUGGCCCGUGUAUUGGUCAAUGGUCUAGAAAGGAUACAAAGAAAGGUGAUAAAAAUACAAUUGUCUCAUCAUAUAAUCGUAAUUUCACUGGUCGUAAUGAUGCUAAUCCAGCUACGCAUGCUUUUGUUACCUCACCCGAGAUAGUUACAGCUUUAGCUCUUGGCGGGAGUUUAACCUUUAAUCCAUUAAAGGAUGAAUUAGUUGCAGCUGACGGUUCAAAAUUUAAAUUGAAACCACCAACAGGCGAUACAUUGCCUAAGAAAGGUUUUGAUGCUGGCAAAGACACCUAUCAACCUCCACCAGAGGAUACUUCAAAGAUUGCUGUGAAAGUCGACCCGUCAAGUCAACGUUUACAGCUGUUAACUCCAUUUAAUAAAUGGGAUGGUAAAGACUUGGUCAAUAUGCCAAUAUUAAUUAAAAUUAAAGGCAAAUGUACAACAGAUCAUAUAUCAGCAGCUGGCCAAUGGUUAAAAUAUCGUGGUCAUUUAGAUAAUAUUUCAAAUAAUUUAUUUAUUGGUGCUGUUAAUGAAGAGAAUGGUGAAGUUAAUAAAAUAUUACAUCGUGAAUCUGGUAAAUGGGAUACAGUUCCAGCGGUAGCUAGAAAGUAUAAAGCUGAAGGUGUAAGCUGGUGUGUUGUCGGUGAUGAGAAUUAUGGUGAAGGAAGUAGUCGAGAGCAUGCUGCUUUAGAGCCUAGACAUUUAGGAGGACGAGCGAUUAUUGUGAAAAGUUUUGCACGUAUACAUGAAACAAAUCUGAAGAAGCAAGGUCUGCUUCCCCUGACUUUUGCCAAUCCAUCUGAUUACAAUAAAAUUAAACCAUCGGAUAAAAUUUCCCUCAUAGACUUAAAAAAUCUUCAACCGGGCAAACCUGUUCGUUGUGUCCUUCAUCAUGAAAAUGGUCAAAGCGAAGAGAUACAAUUAAUGCAUACCUUUAAUGAAAAUCAACUGGAAUGGUUCAAGGCUGGUAGUGCUUUGAAUAGAAUGCGGGAAUUAAGUGGUCAUAAAUAAACGUGUGAAUAUGAGCAUAAAAAAUAUACAUUACACGAAUAUGCAUAUCCUUGUCGAGAAGACGUACAUGCGUGUGUGUCUGUGCUGUCCAUCCGUCAACCUGUUGUUCGCACACACACACACACGCCUAACGGUCAAACAAUCAGCGACUUUUGUAGUUUCCUGCCUACUUUAACAGCAUUUUUUUCCUCCUCAGCACCUUCAUUUCCAAAAAUUAAAUUUAUACUUCCCUUCUUCCUUUCUUUCUUUCUCUAUACUUCGUUGUGUUAUGUAGUUAGCUAAUAAAAAUUGUCUUUUGAUUUAACUCUCUGUGUGUGUGUGAAUGUUUGUAGAUUACUGAGAUUUUGAGCCUCUUUUAUUGUUUCCCCCUGCCCCUCUUUUCCUUCUUUCUUCAUAGAUAAUUAGGUUGUCAUUUCAGAAUUUUUCAAGUAGUCUAGUACUUAAUUCAAUAUAUAUAUAUAUAUAUAUAUAUAUAUAUAUAUAUAUAUAUAUAUA